GUGACGUGUGCGAGCGUUAGGGAAAGAGCUGGCGCACGCGCUCGCGGCUUCGGCGCAUAGGAAGGCGGUGUUGUCGUAACGCUUUCUCAAGGCUUGUUGUGGACACACUAAGUCACUAGACCGAAGGGGUUCUGUGCCGCGUUGGUGGAUGCUCGUUAUCAGUGUGUCUUUGAGCGUUGUCAGCCAUGCCUUACAUGUUGGACAACGACGCCUUCGGGGACCGAGAGUACUGGGACCGAGUGACGUUGGAGCAGAUUCAAGAGUUGCGUCUGCGGUUGCAGCAGUGGCCGGAAAGACAUGAGCUGUGCUACCCGGAUGAACUGCAGCGUGUGAUGGAAGACGACGACUACUGCCGCAACAUCGUGUGCCAGGUGCGCCUGAACAUGCCAAGUGCACACAAGUUCGUGGCUGACAUGCUGCGCUGGAGGCGCGCCAUGAAGCUGCACGAGCUUCGAGAGGAGAUCCUACCAACGGCAGUUCUCGAGCGGUGCAUCAUCUACCCUCACGGAAAAGACACGGCAGGGUCCCACGUCCUGGUCCUGCGUAACAAGAAUUACAUCAAGGGACUGGCAGACCGUGACGGCGUAAAAAGAGUCUUCAUUUUCUUCAUCGAGAAACUCUUCAAUGAGUGUGGCGCCAAAAAGAUCACUGUUCUGAUGGACUGUAGCGAAAUUGGAGUAUCGAACAUCGAUGUAGACCUUCUCAAGUUCGUAGUGGAUGUCUUCGUCUCAAAGUACCCGAUAGGACUCGGAAAUGCACUAAUAUACAACAUGCCAUGGUUGCUUAACGCUAUCCUGAGAAUGAUCAAGAGUAUACUUCCCUAUGGUGCCGAGAGACUGAAGACAGUCAAAAAAGACGAUGUUCAGCAGUAUAUCGACGCCAAGUAUCUUCCCGUCCGUAUGGGUGGAACGGACACCUACGAAUACAGCUACGUCCCAGGAAGACCUCUUGGAGAUCGCGCCCACUACUAGUCACAAGUUGCUCACAACCGCAUCGGAACGACUACCAACUACUGGAAGUGUGGGAUUAGUGUGCCCAAAAGAGUUGUGAGGAAAGACACUUUCUAAUACUCUUCACUAUGUACAUCAUGAGCCUGUACAAGACAGCUUCAUCAACUCAUCGAGUAACAUUAAACGUAGCGUGCUGUGUGAUCAUUGAGAACAUGAAAACGCCGACAUUACUGACUUGGGCUAAUUUGGUGAGCGCCCUACAGAGUUGUCUUACUUCUGCGGCGAAAAACAAUUGUCGUGUCCCCUUCUCUACUAGGAAGGAAUCACGUUGACGGGUGGAAGAACCUCAUGUUACUGUCAAGAGAUUUCUGCAGUCACUGGCCAAAUAAAGAAUAUAGCACAGUGGUUAAGCUAUUAGCCUGUACGUUCAUGAAAGGGAAAUUGCCAUCCACGCAACGGCAACACAAAGCUACAGUGAAAACCCGGACGUGAUUCUUAGACAGAAAGCUUCGCAGUGAAGGAAAAUGUUGUCCUGGUCCGGUGAUGAAACCAGAGACCAGAGACUUUCUGCAGAAUUUACUUCCCGCAUUCAGUGCCUCUGCGCUUCGUGUUGUCGACCAAUUCGCCCUCGCACUGCGAUCUGCUAGCCUCUUGGUUGAUCAGACGGUAAAGAGACCGCUACAAAAAGUCAUUGGUCUCGGGGUCGAUCCCAUGACCAGGACGAACGCUUCCUCAACUGCGAACCUUUCUUUGUGGGGAAACCCGUGCGGGUUUCCUUCGUGUUUCAUUUGGGUGGAUGAGAAUUUUCCAUCUGGUAUGAACGUUCCUCCAACUUGCGGGCUCCCGCAGAACUGAUUUUUGCGCAUGUAAUGUGGCAUUGUGAAAUGUCCUAUCGCUAUGUUUAAUAGUUGUAGUUUGCAUGGUGCGUGUACACAAUGAUUUUUUUCCCUCGAUGUAUUAUUUGAAGUCAUGCAAAAGCAAAUAAAA